UGAGUUUUCACUACUUUUUAUGGAUUUGUUUUGACUUUGUUUUGAUUGACUCAUAAAACUGAUGACUGAAUUGAUUUACAUUUCAUUUAAUUUCAUUGAUUAACGAUUUGUUUAUUUUAGUUAUUAUUUAUCAUUCAUUAAAUACAAUGUGAUGUCACAUGUAUUUCACGACUAUAUUGUUUUGAUUGUUUACCUCUUAAGACUCAAUUAAUCAAUUGAUUCAGUGAUUUGUUUUGUCUUUUAAUCAAAAGACAUCUGUUUUGUUUUGUUUAAUAGUAUCACCAAUAGUGGGACCAAUUGAUUGACUAUUGUUUAAUUAGGUAGUGUCUUGAGAUGGCGUCGACAGACAAGGAGGACGAGGAAUUGACAAUCCCGAGGGCGGCAAUGAAUAAAUUGAUCAAAGAGUUGUUACCCGAUAUUCGUGUGGCCAACGAUUCACGCGAACUCAUCCUCCAGUGCUGUUCAGAGUUCAUCCAUUGCAUUACCUCCGAAGCCAACACUAUCUGUGAAUCGCAACAAAAGAAGACAAUGUCCGCCGAACACGUGUUGACAGCAUUAGACAAAUUGGGUUUCUCUCACUAUAAAACAGAAGCACAAUCAGUGGUUAAUGAUUGCAAACGUAAGCGAAGACGACAAAGCACUCGAUUGGAACACUUGGGUAUUCCUGAAGAAGAACUUCUUAAACAACAACAGGCAUUGUUUGCCAAAGCACGUGAAGAACAAGCACUUAUUGAACAGCAAGAGUGGAUCCAAAUGCAAAACGCAGCCAUUGCUCAACAAAACCAAUUUGUUAACAACAAUACCAACGAAGACGACGAAUAUUAAUCUGUGAAGUGUUUCUAUAAAAAGACGUCUUAUUUUUAUUUUUUAUUUUGUUUAAAAA